AUGCAUUUCACAAAGACCAUCGCAGCAGCUUUUGCUUUGACAGCGGCUGUAUCAGCAUUGCCGCUGCAGAAAAGACAGGAUAAUGCAGCAAUCGGCAACCCAAACAGUGUGUUUCUCCUUCGCCAUCCCUUCUACCCAUUGCCAACCGCAUCGCUCGUAGCGAUUGCCACUUACCUUCUUCCCUCCUCUCUGUACCUCGAUCAAGACAUGGAAAUCAAGCUGACGCAUAUCUCAGAUAUCCUGGAUGACCUCCUAACAAACAUCCAAGGAGGACUCCGCGGCGGUUUGGACUUCCUCUCCAUCCCCAGUGGCAGUGGAGCUAAGAAGGCAAAACGUGCCGACUCUGGAGCUGCCAAUCCAUUAGUUGAUCUGGGAGAGAAUGUCGAGGGUGGAGUCGAGGGAUUCUUGGAUUUCCUGGGUACUUCUUCUGAUUGA